AUGACCCAGAAUCUUUUAUUUUCUGUCAAUGCUAAUACAUUUGAAGAGCCUGUGAAGAAGUGGAGAGAUGUCAAUGGUUAUAAUGCUUUGGCUCAUUUGUAUGAAGAUCCUAGUCGGUGGGGACUUACAUUGCAGACCUAUGUACAACUCACCAUGCUUGAGCAACACCAGAAAAAGACGGACAAGCCAGUAAAAUUGAUGGAACGCUCAAUAUACAGUGCCAAGAAUUGUUUUGUGGAAAAUCUUUAUAUUAGUGGUGUGAUGCCAGGCCUGGAGUAUAUUGUGCUUACGGAGUGGUAUAACUGGAUUAUCAAAAACAACCACUGCAAUGUAGAUCUUUUAGUUUAUUUACAAACCAAACCAGAGACUGUGUACAACAGAAUAAAGGCGAGAAAUCGGAGUGAGGAACAAAACAUCACGCUGGAGUAUCUGCAGCAAUUACAUGAUUUACACGAGGAGUGGAUGGUGAAAAAAACGAAGUUCUCACUACCGUCUAAAGUUUUGAUAAUACCAGCUGACAAAGACCUGGAAGAAAUGUAUGCGAUUUAUAACAGCAGAGAAAAAGACAUUUUAUGUGGUGUGUCAUGAUACAGGUCAUAGAAUACGUGUAUGGCUGAAGUGUUUGAUCAAGCAUUACAGUAUUUGUGUAGGGGUGGAAAUUCGGUAGUUUAUCAGUAGGUAAGACUUCAGUCUUAUAGUAGUUGAAAGAAUUGCAUGAAAAUACAGCCAACUUUGGUAUUAGUAAAAAAAACAGAUGAGUGUUCCUAAUUUACAAUUACAGUCUUGAACAUAAAAUCCUUGUCCAUAUGUAGAUUUCAGUAAUUUAAGUUGGCUUCUAAGUAGCCCCCCCCCCCCCCCCCCCCCCCUUCCUUAGUCCCCGGACUCUAUUGAUGAGAAAGUUUGACUGUAGAUUGGACUUUAGUGUAUGCGACUUUACUCUGAGAACACUGCCUUUAUUUUUUAAUGCAGGGAGUUGUUCGUUAUGUUAUGAUCAAAGAUUCAUUCCAAAUAUUGAUACUCAUUGGAUGGGAACAAAAUCAGGCCACUUCUGAGCUUAAAUGAUCAGUCCCACGUUAUAGGAGAUUGACAUCGUUGAACCUGAAAUCCACCUUUUUAUCGUUGUAGUUUACUUUGGGAAUGAAUAUUUUUAUGAUCAGGCAAUUGUUUUCAUCAUGUUUGUUAUUAAAAAUGUUUUACUAUAUGUCAUUAUACCCCCCGAACGAAGUUCAGGGGGGGGUAUAUAGGAAUCACUCUGUCUGUCUGUCCGUCCGUCUGUCCGUCUGUGCAGAUUUGUGUCCAGGCCGUAACUUCUUUGUUCUUUGACUUAGGCAUACCAUAUUUGGCACACAGGUGGAUCACCUUGAGACGAUGUGUCGAGUACCUUCAUGACCUCUAUAUGACCUUGAUCCUUGACCCCAAGGUCAAAAUUAAAGGUUUUUUUUUUUACAAUGGAUUAGUGUCCGGGCAAUAACUUCUUUGUUCUUUGACAUAGGCAUACCAUAUUUGACACAUGAGUGUAUCACCAUGAGACGAUGUGUCAUGUACUUUCAUGACCUCCAUAUGACCUUGACAUCAAGGUCAAAAUUAAAGGUUUUUACAAUGGAUUCGUGUCAGGGCCAUGACUUCUUUGUUCUUUGACAUAGGCAUACCAUAUUUGACACAUGAGUGUAUCACCAUGAGACGAUGUUUCAGGUACCUUUAUGACCUCUAUAUGACCUUGAACUUUGACCUCAAGGUCAAAAUUGUUUUAGGGUUUUGACAUAGUCAUACCAUAAGACAUGGGUGUAUCACCAUGAGACUAUGUGUCAUGUACAUUCAUGACCUCUUUAUGACCUUGACCUUUGAUCUCAAGGUCAAAAUUAUAGGUUUAUGCCAUGGAUUUGUGUUUGGACUAUAUCUUCCAUUUUCUUCUACAAAGGCAUACCAUAUUUUUACACUCAGGAAAGAGGUAAUUUAUACCUAUUAACAACACCCUAUGGGGUAAGCGGGGGGUAUUCUUAGUGAGCAUUGCUCACAGUACCUCUUGUUUGGGAUUUAUUAUUACCGUAGUUUUCAAAUUUACAAAUACUUUCAAAGAAUAUGAGUUUUACAAGAUCUUUGUCUUAGAAAUUUUAGUCUCUCGAUUCAAAAUGAAUCAAUUUUCUACCAUCAUUCAGUGUUCACAUGUUAUAAGGGUGGGUUUUUUUCUUUCUUUUUUUGUACGCUGACUAUAUUGCAUACAGGGAAAUUUUACAAUUUGAUAUGUAUUGUUCAUGUAUCGUUUUUGUAUUGAAGGGCAUUGUCUUUCCCAUAUAAAAGGGAAACAACCUCCACUUAAAGUUGUGAAUGUAGUUUCCUUUAGAUAAUUGUAAGUCGUUUGUACAGUAAAUGUAUAUGCAAGUGUAAACAUGUAUCUUAAUCAUUUGAUGUAGUGCAUUUUGUCAUGUUAUUCCUGCCACAGUGUUGGUGAUUGUAUGUAUUAGAAACUUCACACAUGUAGACAUUGUAACCUGGUUGUUUGAUUAUCUUGUACAAUGAAGCCCUAUUGUGUACAAAAAUUCUAUUUGUAAGCUACCUCAUGAUUGUGCAUUUCUGAAUUAUGUACAUAUACGCACUUAGAGCAGACACAUAUAUGGCUUUUCACAUUUCUGGACUGUAACCAAACACCCAAGUACACUUAUUAUUCAUAGUCCUCCAUGUACACAAGGAGUUCUAUAUGGUCAUUUUUAAAUAUUUACAUUUUUAUCUUCCAUAUCUUUGCCAAUUGAAAUGAUAACCAUUUCCUCACGAAUGUGAACAAUGUGCGUAGGAAUGUCGAUGAAUAUAGUGCGACUAUUUUGAUGGCUGGGAAUAUUUAGAUAGAAGUGAAAUUAGAAUGUAAAUAUGAAAAACAAAUUUUACUUUGAAAAUACACGAGAGUAUGAACAGUGGUGCUUCACACCAGCAUACUUUUCGUGAAAUGCUAACAUGCUUCAUGCAGUACGUCAGAGGAAAACGUUGCGGUUCAUGUGUAUUUUUAUAAAUGAAAUUUACUUCUUAAAUGAAUGUUUAUGCACUUGCUUUUUUUUUUCACAUGUAUAAGUGGUCCAGAAUGGUGAGAUCUGCACAUUUUGUUUGUAACUUGUCCUGUAUUUAAACAGAUGGAAGGUGCAGUAUCAUUGAUUGAAACAAAAACUGUGGGGAGCAAAUGUAUUUCAAAUUAUAUAUUUGUACACAUUCCCAUAAAUGGAAAAUUCUUCAUCAAAAUUUAGGUAUAUUGCACACAAUAAGAUAUGCAAUUUUAGCAAAUUCUCCCUAUCCAUUUUUAGCUUUGAUUUGUAAAAAAAAAAUUUGUAUUUUUUACAUAUUUUUAUAAACUUUCAAAUGAUAUUUGUGUGCUUAAUAACAACCAAUGUAGCAAAGUGAAAUAAUGAAAACAUAUUUAGUUUUUUAUUUUAUAGUUAUACAAACUGCCAUUUUGUUGUUUAUUAUUAUUAUAGGUAAAUAGUGAUGGAUACUGUAGAUAAGCUGACACAUUCUCAAAUGACUCGAGCAAACUUUACAGAAAUGUCUCUUUGUGAUUGGCUUAUCAUGAUCAUGUGAUAUAUGGGCUAUAAACACUGCCUGUUUCAAGUUUGUCUUAUAUGAUCAGUGUGUCUGUGAAAAUGUUAGUGUUCAUCAUGUAACAAAUUAAAGAUGACAUUUCCAAAACUCGGAUGUCAAUGUCAGCAUGAAAUAAUGCAAUAAAAAAUGUAUUAUA